AGGUGGACAGGGUUUGACGGUAAAAAUGUGUGGAAGGACUGCGUGUACACUGGCUCCUGACGAGGUGAGCCGGGCCUGCUUGUACAGAAACCGGGGCGGGCAGCGGAGACAACCCGGUUGGAGGGACGGAGAUGCGGAUAAAUACCGACCCUCGUACAACAAGAGUCCCCAGUCCAUGAGUCCCGUGCUGCUGUCACACAGACAUUUUGACAAGAAUGCUCCUGCAGAUGAGUGUGUGUUAGCCGCCAUGCGUUGGGGCCUGGUACCUUCCUGGUUUAAAGAGGACGACCCGAGCAAGAUGCAGUACAGCACCAACAACUGCCGCAGUGAGAACAUCCUGCAGAAGAAGUCCUACAAGGAUCCCCUGUUGAAAGGACAGCGCUGUGUCAUCCUCGCUGACGGCUUCUACGAAUGGAAGCGGCAGGAGAAAACCAAGCAGCCCUUCUUCAUCUACUUCCCUCAGACUCAGAGGUCCGGUCAGGAGGAGGAGAAAGAUGACAACCUUGUCAACGCGUCCGGUUCGAAUGCAGAGGCAGAAGAGUGGACAGGGUGGAGGCUGCUUACCAUGGCGGGACUUUUUGACUGCUGGACACCUCCAGCUGGCGGGGAGCCGCUCUACACGUACAGCGUCAUCACUGUCAACGCGUCGCCAAACCUGCAGAGCAUCCAUGAUAGGAUGCCGGCCAUCUUGGCGGGAGAGGAGGAAGUGAGGAGAUGGCUGGACUUCGGGGAGGUGAAGUCUCUAGAAGCCCUGAAACUGCUCCAGUCUGAAAAUAUCUUGACCUUUCAUCCCGUUUCAUCGCUCGUCAAUAACUCUCGGAACAACUCACCCGAGUGCCUCCAACCCGUGGACCUCAACCAGAAAAAGCAGGAGCCCAAGCCGACAGCCAGCAGCAAGAUGAUGAAGAACUGGCUGGCAGGUGGAUCUUCAAAGAGGAAGGACUCGGACGCUGGUGGCAGUGAGGAAGAUGGAGGAAAGGAGACACAGGCGGGAGCACUUCAGCAGUGGCUGCUGGGGGCUAACAAGAAAGCAAAAACACAGUAGAGCACGACUGCUUC